AGAGGUCGCUUAAAAGGCAGGGACAGCAUACAAACACUAUCUGUCUCGUCAAAAGGUCCAGGAUGAGGAUUGAGGUCGCUCUUCAGCUGGGCUUCUGUGGCCUGUGUCUCACUGUGGUGCUCAUUGGAGAAGGAAUUGGAGCAGAACUUGCUGAUCCACCAGCAGUGGACUGUGCCUGGAGCCGCUGGUCAGACUGGAGUCCUUGUGAUCCUUGCACCAAAAGCAGAAGGCGUUCUCGAAGUGCUGAAGUGUUCGGCCAGUUUGAUGGUCAAUCCUGUCAGGGAUCCCUGGGGGAAAGGGAGUUCUGUGAAACGAAAUCUGUAUGUGAUCAACCACCUCCACCUGCAUGCUCUGAUUCAGAGUUCCAAUGCGAGUCAGGUACUUGCGUCAAGAAAAGAUUGAUGUGCAACGGGGACUACGACUGCGAGGAUGGAUCAGAUGAAGAUUGCGAUCCUAUCCGUAAACCAUGUCAAUCAGGAGAUCUGGAGAGCAAUGAGCAAGGCAGAACAGCAGGAUAUGGAAUCAACAUCUUGGGUGCAGAUCCUCGAAUGAACCCCUUCAACAAUGAUUACUUCAACGGGAGGUGUGAUCGAGUGAGGAAUCCAAACACCGGGCGAGACGACAGGCUUCCCUGGAACGUCGGUGUGCUAAACUAUGAGACUCGGGUGGAGGAAACCAUCUCUAGAGAAAUCUACGAAGACACACACAGCCUCCUGAGGGAAUUGCUGAGAGAGAUGACUAUUAAAGUCGAUGCGGGACUUUCCUUCAAAUUCAACCCGAGCGAGCCGUCUCUGUCUAAUGUUUCUCUGGGUGUGAAUUUAGGUGGUCAAUACGAGAAGAAGACAAUGAUUAAGACGGUCUCCGAGUACUCCAACAUCAAGAACAAUAGUUUUUUGCGGGUAAAAGGAAACGUACAGCUAAGCACCUACAGAAUGCGCUCGCAUCAGCUCCAAGUGGCCGAGGAGUUCGUGCAGCAUGUCAGGUCUUUGCCUUUGCAGUACGAAAAGGGUAUUUAUUUUGCUUUUCUGGAGGACUAUGGGACCCACUACACCAAAAACGGGAAGUCCGGCGGCGAGUACGAGUUCAUCUACGUUCUCAACCAGGACAGCAUCAAGGCAAAAAAUCUGACAGAGCGAAAGAUUCAAGAAUGCGUCAAAUUAGGCAUCACGGUGGACUUCGCAGGCACGGAGUUAUCUGAUGGGCAAGGAAAGCUGUCACGGGACGGCUGUGAUGACGUAAAAUCAAAAGUAGAAGGUGAAGUUUUCGGCAAAGCAGUGGUGGAUAAAGUGAUGACAUCAGUUAAAGGAGGAACUCUGGAAAGUGCCGUUGCUAUGAGGGCGAAAUUGAACAAGGAAGGCGUCAUGGACAUCGCUACGUAUCAAAAUUGGGCCCGGACCAUCGCUGAGGCCCCCGCACUGAUCAACAGUGAGCCUGAGCCCAUCUAUAAUUUAGUUCCUGAUAUUCCAGGCGCUAACUCCAGGAUAGCCAACCUGAGGCGGGCCACGGCAGACUACGUGGCCGAGUACAACGUGUGCAAGUGUAAGCCUUGUCAUAACGGCGGUUCUCUGACUCUGCUGGACGGAAAGUGUAUGUGCCUGUGUCCUCACCUGUUUGAGGGUUUGGGCUGCCAGAACUUCAAGGGCGAUAAAGCUAACCCACCAGCUCCAAGACCCGCAGUCAAUCAGGAAGGUAACUGGUCAUGCUGGUCCUACUGGUCCAACUGUAGUGGAGGGGUACGCACGCGGACACGCACCUGUAACUCAGACGGGGUGCCUGGAGCUGCGUGCAGAGGAGACACCAGAAGUGAUGAAUACUGCUAAACAGAAAAUAAACCACACAACUAUUUCCAUUUACACACACAACCUGAAACCUACUGUGUUUUUACAGCGCCCCCUGCAGGUUGGUAAUGAGUAAUGCAGGUCAUACAUUUCUA